AUGUUUGCACAGCCGUUUCAAGUGUACUACACCAUUGAUCAGGUAACAAUCGUAUCUCAAUCCUUGUAUCAAACCAAUACCAAGACUUCAGGAUUCUACAAGGUUAUCAAGUCCAAACAGAAGGGGAAAAGAAUAGAAUAUCAACACGGUUUGAACCCUGAAUAA